AUGGAAAACCGUGAUGAGCAUACGCUCGUCAACGAUUUUAUCUGGGCGCCCUGUGGUGGCGCAGAUCAGCGCGAAGAUCUACAUGUCCGAGAGGACUUCAAUACUCUUGGAAAGACGAUAGCGUAUGCGGAACAAGAAGACCAGCCUGAGACAGUCUCAAAGGCUAACCCUGUCAAAUCCAUCGUCCGACAAGACGACAGGAAACAGGAGGUCCUGAACCAAUGGACCUCUGUUACAUCGAGAGUCCCAAGCACUGCAACACGUCCAAAGACAGGACGUGAGACCAUCGCUGCCAAGGAAAGGUCCGAGGCGAGUCCAACCAUGUCGCAAAGCGCGACAGCAAGUGGACGUCAAAACACGGACAGGGGUCAGUAG